AUGAUGCCUAGGGAAUAUGGAGAAACUGGAGGAAGGAGAUACCAGGAUAAGGAAAUACGAAGGAUUUGUAUCCAAGGUGGGUGGGCGUAUGCAGCACUGAGUACACAUGCACGCAGGGAGGUCUGGAACCGGGGGCAAAGGGGCGACAUCUCCGAAGCGCACAACAAUGGCGAGCUCUUUGCACACUCCAGAAUAUUGCAGCUGCAGCAGUUGGGGGUGCACGCUGUGGACGUGGGCCGGGUGUCGCGCGAGGGCGAUGUGGCUGCCCUGCAGGAGCACCUGGGCCACGUCACCUUCUGCAGCGCCGAGCAGGAGCGCUGCCCCCACUGCCAGGGCCCUGCUGACCCACUACUGCUCAAGCUGCUGCGCCUGGCCCAGCUCUGCACCGAGUACCUGCUACACUCGCAGGAGUACCUCAGUGCCCAGCUCAGCAGCCUGGAGGAGGCCCUACAGGCAGCACAGGCACAGCGCGACCAGCUGGGCCAAGAGUUGGCCCGUGGCUCCCAGGAGAUCAAGGGGCUCAAGGAGGAGUGCCGUCGGAGGAAGAAGAUGAUCAGCACCCAGCAAAUGAUGCUGGAGGCCCGAGCCAGCUACCACCAGUGUCAAUUUUGUGAAAAGGCUUUUAUGAAUUAUUCAUUUUUACAAAGUCACAUGCAAAGGCGUCAUCCAGAAGAAUCUCAUGUUGAUCAAAAGAAGAACGCAAAGACGGACAAAUUGCAGGAAGAGAUUGAUAAACUGAAGGAGCAGUUACAGCUCACCAAGUCCCAGUUAGAGGCUGAACAACAUGCUAAUAUGGUCAGGUUUUCUAAGGAAUGUGAACAGCAAAAAUCGAAAGAAGAAGAAAUUCUACACUCAUUUCAUAAAUGGAAAGAGGAGGAAAAAGAGAAAUUGGCUGAUGAAAUAGAAAAAGUGAAAGAGAUGUUUAUGAAAGAGCUUAAAGAGUUAUCUUCAAGAAAUUCUAUGUUAGAAGAUCAACUGUUAGCAUUACAAAAGUCCAAUAUACAACUAAAAUCCAACUUAGGGACAUUAAAAGACAGCCAAGAAUUUGUAGAAGAGAAGCCUCAGAAUCCUCAGGAUUAUCAGAAUGUGGUUAAACUUCUUGAAAAACAGGAAGGUAAAUGGACAUCUAGAGUACAAGCCCUUCAUCAGGAACAUGAGACAGAGAAGAGUCUGCUACUAUCACAGAUUGAGAAGCUUAAAUCGUCAGUGAGAGAAGACCUGAAUAAAAGCAACACCUUUUACAAGAGGAGAAUAGAAGAGUUGGGGCAGAGGCUUCAGGAACAGAAUGAUCUAAUUAUUGCUCAAAAGAAACAGAUAAAAGAAUUGUCCACAAGAUCAGUUGCAAGUAUCAAACCAUAUGAUGCAAACACUACUGUACAGCCUCUAGUAGACUGUAAAUCAGGUCUACCACUGAUGCAUGAGCAGGCACCCUUGGUACAUAUGCUGGAGCCCAUAGAGGAGCUUUCAGAAGAGGAGAAAGAAAUUGAGAAAAGUGAUCAUAAGACAGGCAGAAGUAACCAACAUUUAAUAAAUGCUUUGAAGACUCAUCCGUCUUUAACUAAAGAAUUACGAGUUGUUUUAGAGCAAGCCCUGGAGGAGAAGCUGGAAUCCUUGGGAAUUAAAGCAGGUGUUCGUGGUAUCCCAAAUGAUUGCUUAAAUAGAAUUUUACAUGCUAUUGAAUCUGCUAGAGAACACAAACAGAAGGAAGAGCCUGACAUUCAGCGAAUUCGAGAGCAUCUUGAACGCCAAGUCAGCUUUAGGAUUGAAGAGAAAUCAUCAUCUUAUAAUAGACUUGUUUCCUGUCCUCAUCUUCCUUCAGAAGAUAAACAAAAGUUCAAUCACUUGAGAAUUUCCUCAUCUGCAAUACCACAAAAAACAGUAAAAAGAUCUUCAACAGCUGUCCGCCCAGCUGGACAAAGAACAACCGUCGCUGAGAAUACGUCUACACCAAAAUCCAGGAAGCUUUUUGGAGAUGGAGUUUCAAAAAAGACGUCUAGUAUCACAACUCCACCAUUCAGUUCAGAGGAAGAAGUGGAUGAUUAUGAUAUUAAGCACGCUUACAUAUCACCAGAAUUAUUGCAAAAACAGUCAAAAACUUCAAGCAGCAAUAUCAAUGCUUUUCGGAUGGCUUCUGGCAAAAGUGCUAUGGAUGGGACUGAAGAAAGUGAAAUAGAGGAAACUGAAGCACCUGCCAAAACUUCAAAAGGAACAGUUAUUCCAAAAAUGACUGAACAAGUUGGAAAGAGUCUUUCUAACCACGGAAAUAUAAAUAAACCAGCUGGAGGGAUUAACGUUGCCCAGGCAUUUAUUAAGAAAGAAGAGGUGCAAGAGCUGAAGUUCACAGAAGUUGAUGAAGAUGACUGGGAUAUAUCAUCUGUAGAAGAUGACUUUGUAUUGAUGAAAAAUGAUAAAGGUCAGAAAGCACUGACAGUUCAAAAAAACGAGUCAAAUGCUGCUGCAUCAGUGGUACAUGCAUGGGGUCUUCCAAAGACGAAUGUACCAAAAGAGGAAGGCCUUCAUGAAGCUGAUAAUACAAGUACGUUAAAAAGCAGCUUAGUCACUGUAACAGAUUGGAGUGAUUCUUCAGAUAUAUAAUUGUUGUAUUCCUAAUAGGAGACACUGCAUUUGGGUUCUGUUGGGGUUGGAAAUUUAGCUGAAAACAUCAAAAUUGUUUCAUAUUCAUUUGUUAUUUUGUUCAUAUAGUAACCAGGAAUACUGUUAACCGAGCCCUUUUCCUUUCCACCCUGGACUGGAAACGAGUAUUUAAAUAUACCUUACUAGCCGUCAGUAUUUGCAAAUUCAGAGUUAAUUCUUAGUCCCAGCAAAGUCAAUGGCAAAAAUGUCUCUGAUUUCUUUGUAGUGGGGAUGUUGCCUCUAAUGUUUUCUUUUAAGACUGAAACUGGUCUUGUAAGAAAGCCUGUUAACCAAUGAACAGAAUUUACUGCAGAGUAUUACUUUAUUUUAUAAGAUUUUUAAAUGUAUAUUUUCUUGUAUUUUAUCCUAAACUUUAUAUAAAAUUGUGAGCAUUUUAAAUAGU